GUCCUGUCAAGCAAGGUUCGACUACUAUCAGUAGUACAAAUCACGCUUCGCACUUGACAAUACUAUACUAUUCCCACGAAUACUUGACCACUUGACCAUUAUGCCGAUGAAACUUGAAGGCAGCUGUCAGUGUGGCAGCGUUGAGUUCACACUCGAAUCAUCGACCCCAGUUCCUUAUCAACUAUGCGCCUGUAGCAUCUGCCGGAAGGUCGGCGGAUACAGUGGCAGUGUCAAUCUGGGCGGUAUUGCUGAUAGCCUGAAGAUCAAGAAGGGAAAGGACUUGAUCAAGAAAUAUUCCGCCGUCAUGGCGCGAGGCACACCGGAUGAGAAGAUCUGUGCGUCGGAGCGGAAUUUCUGUUCCAAUUGCAGCACCAUGCUUUGGCUGUGGGAUCACCAUUGGCCAGAGCUCAUUCAUCCUUUUGCUUCGGCCAUUGAUACGGAACUGCCGGUCCCUGAUGAGAUGGUCUGCAUCAUGGAGAGCUCUAAGCCGGCUUGGGUGCGAUGGCCAGAGGGGAAGAAGCAGGUAUUUGAUGUUUACCCAGAGCAUAGCUUGGAAGACUGGCACAAGAAGCACAAUUUGUUCUUUGAGUAGAUGGAACACUUUAGGUGACGACGAUACGAAGUUUUAUGAGAUGUGGACUAUGAUUUACAGAAAAGUGGGAGCAUUGUUUCAAGACUUGAAAUCAUUAUCAUUAUCAUUAAAGUAGCUAUCCAUAGGCGAGUGACCU